CAUUAAAACUCUUGAAAUGUUUCGCAUACAGGAAAGCUUCCCUAAGCCACAAGAGAAUUAAAUAUAAUAUACCGGAUCCCUGCCAAGGGUUUUCGUAAUGAUUUAGAUGGCUGUAAAUAGAUGCGUCGUAACCACAUUAAUUAUGCAUUCCAAUCGUCUUAUUCAUCCCACAUUACGUAUAGUCAACACAAUGCCACAUCCUCUAUCCACAGUCAGCUGGUUGCAGCAGUCUAGGGGGAAAACCGUGUAAAAAAACCGUCAGUCUCAGUGGAACUUUAAACUGGUUUCUGAAGAAAAGGUGGAACAGAUUCAGAUAUUACAAGAGAUUAUUGGAGGCGCUAACAAGGCUGUUAUGGGAUUUAAAAAGCCAUAAUACGAUUAAGGGAACAAUAGACAUUCCUACCUGAGAAAUUCUGUCACGGAUCCAAAGGUUUUAUUUGCUUCAUUCAUCAAGAUAUCGCAAUCAAGGAAUUCCCAAUUUAUUGGAAAAACGUCAAAGAAACCAAGAAUUUUUAAGCAGCUUAGGCCUGGUCGUAGAAUAAGAGUUUCUUAGACUUUCCUUUAAAAAGGAAAAAUUUGCCUGCUUCAAAUUUUUCGUUAUUUUUGCGAGAUGAGCCACGUGAAGAGGGACUCCGGUCUGACAAAGCGAUGGAAAACCUUGGAAAGUUUAUCAGUAGAGGAUUAUUUUGACGACAUAACACAAAUACAACGAUGGUCUUCAACGGGGAAGCUUAACGACAUUUCUGCCGCCGAGAAACGCGCCAAUAAACUUUCAAAAGACCCCGCUUUGAUAUGUCGCGUUUGCAACCAACGCUUUAACAAACCCAAACUGCUUCACUGUCUUCACAGUUUUUGCCAGAGCUGUAUCGAGGGUUUGGCGAGGAAGACGGAAGACGAUUGUUUAGAAUUGAUUUGCCCGGUGUGCGAUUCUCUUGGCGCUAUUCCACGAAGUGUAGAAAGUCUGCCAACAAAUUUCGCGUUAUGGGAUACCGUGCGAAAACAUGCGAAUACCACGAGCGAGGAACACUUUAUUGUGAUUUGCGCAAAUUGUAAGGACGAGUCGAAUGCAACAGGGGUUUGCGUACAAUGUGCGGAGUUCUUGUGUGACAAGUGUACAAGCGCACAUCGCCGAGUAAGAGUCACGCGGACACAUUGCGUGACUCCCCUGGCAAGCCAGACUGGCCCGGACAGGGAGGAAGAGCAGUCCACCGGACAGCCGCCGGACUUGAGCAGAUGUAGCACACACACUAAUGAGGAAUUUGCAUUUUAUUGUCACACUUGCAGCACGUUGGUAUGUAGAGAAUGUGCAGUCGAGCACGAGAAACCGUCUCAUGAUUUUGAGCCCUUAGCGGAGGCGACCAAUGAUUUUCGUCAAGAGUUAUCCGAGCUCCUUGCCUCGGCGCGCGAGCGUCUUCCCUUUAUGCGCAGAAGUCUACUAGAAAUAGAAGCUACUGCGCAGGAAAUACCGACUCAUGUGGACGCCAUUGCCGACAAGAUUCGCAGCUCCACAGAGCGUUAUAUCCGGGCUCUCCGAGAGCGUGAGAUCCAACUUCUAGACGAUCUGGAAGCGAUGCGUGAGUUUAAGACCACAGUGCUUAUGCAACAGCGUGAGCGGUUGCUAAGAAACGUGGAAGACAUCGAGAGCGCAUGCGGAUUCACUCAGCGCGUGUUGGGCGAAGCGGAUGCGCUGACGGUCGCUGCUGUCAGCAGUGUGGCUGCGGAAAGAAUGCGCACUCUGACAGAGGCAGAGCUAGAGAUUCAGGCGGUGGAGGGACCGGAAAUAGAUUAUGUCAGUCAAGAAGAUGCGUUAUUCGAGUCUUUAUGCAACGCGGGGCGCAUCGAGAAUGGCACUACAGCUUGCUUUGCGAGGGCCCUCGGGGAAGGGCUCUUUGAGGCUACCGUCGGGAAAGCGUCCAUGUUAACCAUAGCAACCAGAAAUGACGUCACCAGAGAUGAAUUAGACGUUAGAAUCGAGACACCAGAUGGCGUGAUACUCAUGUGUAACGUCACGCAAUCACCUGUCACGUGUCACACACCGGAGUGCGAAGAGAGUGACGCGCAGGAGGAAACACACAUUUUGACAGUGAGCUACACUCCCAGAAUUCACGGCGAGCACGAGAUCACCAUUCUCGCACGUGGACAGCACGUGGACGAGAGCCCUUAUCACGUGCAUGUAAAGAAAGGUCACAUGAACUUCGCGACUAAAAAUACUCCUGUCUGUCUGCGUAUCAGCAGUAAAGGGAGCGGUCUCGGCGAAGCUGAAGGCCCUUUUGACGUCGCAGUCAGGAGUAACGGCUCUAUUGUCGUCACAGACACCGGGAAUCACAGAAUUCAAAUUUUCGACGGCAGAGGGAGAGUUCUCCACCACUUUGGUACCCAUGGCAACAUGCCCGGUCACUUCCAGUCUCCCGCGGGCGUCUGUAUCAGUCACGAAGGUAGCAUCGUUGUGACGGACCAACUCACUAGCAACGUGCAGGUGUUCACUGAGGAAGGAGUAUUGGUAAGGCAUUUUGGGCCUAAGAUCGGCAGGGGUGGGGAGCUCAAAGGCCCAUUGGGUGUCACUGUGGACGAGGAGGGGCAGAUUCUGACAGCAGACCAAUCAAAUCACAGAAUUGUGGUCCUCAGUUCGACAGGAUCUUUUGUGUCCCAGUUUGGAAGCUUAGGGACUAAAGAUGGCGAAUUCAACAAUCCGUCUUUCGUAGCUGUCAAUCAAGAUGGCGACAUUUUCGUCACAGACACGUGUAAUCACCGAGUGCAAAUCUUUGACAUGGACGGGAGAUUUAUUGGAAAGUUUGGGAGGCCUGGGACGGGUAACGGUGAGUUUCAAUACCCAUCGGGCAUUGCGAUCGACUCAUCCGGGUACGUGUUUGUCUCGGAUCGGACCAAUCGGGUGCAAGUAUUCAACUAUCACUUCCGCUAUGUGUGCCGUUUUGGCGGGAAACAAAGCGGAGAUGGGCAGCUUAAUUCUCCAGCAGGAAUAGACUAUACCCCAGAGGGUAGGGUUGCAGUAGCGGACACUGCUAACAACUGUGUCAAGGUGUUUUAUUUCCCGAAGGACAAACUGUAACAAAGGAUUUUCGUAUGUAUAGGUCAAGUUCAUAUAUGGAAGUCUCGUAAAGCAUGUACUUGCUUUGUCUUAUAAGCCGUUUGUGUGGUGUUCCAAUCA